ACGCCGUUAAAGGCUGUUAACGUGUCCCUCGUUUCCUCUUCCUUUCCCCCUUUGCACCUCUCGAAAAAGAGGCGAUCGAGCUGACCCCCGAUCCGAUACCUUCUCCUCCAAAUUAGGGUUUCGAGGGUUCUAGGGUUUCUUCGAUCGCGCGAUCUCUCCUCUCUCUCUCUCUCUUGCUUCCCCCAUGGCGUUGGAGUGGGUGGUCCUUGGCUACGCGGCGGGGGCGGAGGCGAUCAUGCUGGUGCUGCUGACGCUCCCGGGGCUCGACGCGCUGCGGCGGGGGCUCGUCGCGGCGGUGCGCAGCGCCCUGAAGCCGCUCCUCGCGGUGGUGCCCUUUUGCCUCUUCCUCCUCAUGGACAUCUAUUGGAAGUACGAGACGCGCCCCACGUGCGACCAGGAGCACGCGUGCACCCCCUCCGAGCACCUCCGCCACCAAAAGUCCAUCAUGAAGAGCCAGCGCAACGCCCUCCUCAUCGCCGCCGCGCUAGUCCUCUACUGGCUCCUCUUCUCCGUCACCUCCCUCGUCGUCCGCAUCGACCAGCUCAACCAGCGCCUGGAGAAGCUCAAGCGCCAGGAGUGAGCGCAUGAUCGGCCUCCGAUCUCGUGCGAUUUAAGAGCUCCGCGGUCUCGGAUCCGAUCUCGAUCUAGCGAAAGCCAUGGCAACUCCCUUUCUUUGAUGCUGCAGACAAAGAAGCUUCAAUGAAUUAAGCAGAUUGGUGCAGUAAGAUGACAAGAAGUGGAAAAAAUAAAGACGACGAGACAACGGUGAACCGUGGUACCCGAUGAGAUCCGUCCGUUGAACUGCUGAGAACUAUCGGUGGACGGACGGCCCUGAUCGAAUACGGCUUUCUCAAGGAUUUCCACGUCCGGGGGCGUUCGUGCAAAACGGCGAUCCCCCGAUCCCAACGCCGACUCCGCUUUGAUUCGCUCACCCGGACAAGUCCGCAUCGUCUUGCAUUCACGCGGGUCCGGUGCAUGAAUUACGUGGUGGACCCGGCGUAGGGAGAAAUUUUAUUACUUGGGUGGGGUCCACACGUAACGCGCUAUUUGUUGCCAGGCGCGACCGCGUCCAACAGUGGAAUGUUCUCUUUCUUUUUUUUUUCUUUUUUUUUUU